AUGUGUAUCGUGUUAUGCGAUGUCCUAGGCCUCUAUGUCGCCACGAAGGUCAAUAAUGCUGGCAAGACCCUGAGAGCCCUCGUUAAAUACGUGAAGGAGGAAUCCUUGAGGCCCAUGAUGAUGUUUCCAAGAGCUUUCGAGAGCAACUAUAUGCUAAGGAGAAUCAACAACUCGGAAAACGCAAGAAAACUCUGUAUAAUUCUACAAUCGGUUCAAUAUGUCCUCCGAUCAAUGUCAAUGUCCUCCUGGCUGGGUCAUCUCAACAAUCGAUACCUACUCCUACUAAUGACGCCACGCCUAGUAAGCCUGGCUAUAGCGCUGUCUUCCCUUUGA